GCAGCCAGGUUAGAUAUCUUUGUCUGAGUUUCUCAGUGCACUCCUCAAAGUUUUUCUAAUUCCGAGAAACAUGAAUGCAUCAUAAGACUGUCAUGUCGGCCCCGUUACGGCAGUGUGUGCAGGUUCCAGGAAGCAGAUUGUUGGGUUUAUCCAGACUGUGAGUGACAACCCAUGGAUCAGAUGACCUUUAAACAUGACACCGUGCUGUCAGACGUUCACAUGCACCGGCCCAACACACACCACCUGAUGACACGCCUCAACAGCACCGGGCAGCCAGUGUUCAGGUCCAGAUUUAGGAUCUUGGCAGAAAGUCGUGCUGACGGUGACUCUGGGACGGAUUCAGCAAACGGCGAGAAGCACAAAAGUCCGAGGAGAGACGGAGGAACGUCUCCUGAACAAGAUGAGGAGGGAGGUAACCAAGGAAACGUGGAGACAUGUUUGGAUGAAGACGGAGACCUUGACGUCACACAUCGACCACGAAAAAGAUCAGUGGAUGAAGGUGGCAGAGACUUGGUCUGUCCCAUCAUCCUCCAUCAGUCUGUUCCUGACCUGGAACAAGAUGAGGACAGUGAUGAUGAUGAUGAUGAUGAAGAGACUUGUUGUUCUAAAGACAUUAUACAGAUUGAACACACUAUGGCUACACCUUUAGAAGAUGUUGGCAAACAGGUCUGGCGGGGGGCCCUCCUGCUGGCUGACUUCAUCCUCUCUGAGAAAGACAUGUUCAGUGGGGCCACUGUGCUGGAGCUGGGAGCAGGGACAGGCUUAACCAGCAUCGUCAUGGCAACCACAGCCCAAACAGUCUACUGCACAGACGUGGGUGAAGACCUCCUGAGGUUGUGCCACAGGAACGUGUUUCUGAAUCAACACAUGACAAAACCAGCAGGCGGGGAGGUGAAGGUAAAACAUCUCAACUGGCUUCAGCACAGUCUUUGCACAGAUGCUGACCUGGAGUUCAGCUGGACUGAAGAGGAAGUUGCUGAUCUUUACGACAACACCGACUUCAUUAUUGCAGCUGACGUUUGCUACGACGACGAUCUGACAGACGGCCUCUUCAGGACUCUGUACCGACUCUGCAGCAGCUUUAAUCACUCCUGCACAGUUUUCAUUUCUUUAGAGAAAAGGAUGAACUUCAGUCUGCGCCACAUGGACAUUUGCUGUGAGGCCUACAAUCAUUUUAAGCACUGCCUGUCCCAGCUGCAGGACAUGGAGGACAGCCGGUGCAGAUUCAAAGUGGAACACGUUCCUUUAAACUUCUCACAGUUUCUUCUAUAUGAACGUAUUGAGCAGCUGGAGCUGUGGAAGAUCACUGCCUCUUCUCUUGAAUCUGAACGAACCCAGUCUGACUCUGACUGAGGAGGCUCCCAGAGAUCAGCUGCUGACAUUUCAGCUCUAUGGACGCUGACCACAGACUGCCUGCUGGACGCCCCAAAAAUCCACUCUGUUACUGAUCUGUGAAUGAACCAUUGCUGACCGGGGGCCUUUGUUUGGUGGGAGGCUGUUCAACCUGUUUCGGUUGAGGAACGUUACGCUGGUUGAUGCUGCAGGUCGUGUGAAUCCUCAUCAGUCUGCCAGAAGUGGAGGAGGCUGAUGGAUCCUGUACGUCUGACCAGCUUCCACCAUGUUGAGAUUUAUUUACUUUUCUACAAACUUCAUGAUGAGACUUCUGUCUGCUGCUCAGAGGAACUGCUACUGAUUAUAACCUCAGAGGUUUAUUGCUCUGAAUAAGAACUAAAUAUUUCCAUGUAACAAGCAGCGGUCCUGAUCACCAUCAUGGGACAAUCUUCACAUGGAAAAUAUUUGAAAGAGCAAAUGUUAUUUAUUUUAGUUAGUUUUUAAUGCUGUGCAGUUGGUAAUAAUCCCUUUAUGCUCUUUGAUUCUAACAGAAUCUCCCCCAAAAUAAUCAGAUCUCCAGUGACCUUGUUGGUGACAUCAGUUGUUGUAGUUUUUAUUAGCUGAGCUUCUCGUUCUGUUCACACAGGUUCUUUGAGAAUGUGGCUCAACUGUGUAACAAUGUGAAAUAGGAAAAUAACUGUUAAUAUUUAAAGUAAAGAGAAUUUGGGAGACUAGGAUGUUUGUAUCCAAGAAAGCUGAAAAGGAGUUAAUAAAAGUUCUUGUUCCUUAUGGAACUCACCAUGAAUAUUUAAUUUUAAAAGAAGUUGAAAUGUUUUUAUAUAUAUAUUUGAAAUAUGUCACUAUGUAAUGAAGCUAUAGAAUGAGUUUCACUUUAUGAAAUAAAUGACAAAAAAUGUUUGAAUUUA